AUGACACAACAGGACAUUAUUGACAACGCUCAGAAGUCAUUUUCUCAAGUUCGUUUGGAGAUCAUGAAGAGGCUCAAGUCGCGCAAGCAAGCACUCAAGGACCUCGGUGAUGAGCGUGUGACUCCUGAGCAGCAACGCGGUCAUCUCCUCAGUGUUGUAGCUCGCUUUCAGGAAAUAACCUCACAUGGCCUGAGCUCCAACUAUGGAACGGACGACAUUUUCGAUAGCCAUCCAGAUCUUCGCCUAGCAACUCUGGUCAUGAAUCGCCAUAUUCUGUUUGCAGAAAACCUAACCGUCUGGGCGCAUGAGUAUAAAAUCAAGACGGAAACGGACAUGAACAACUCGAAAGGUGACCAGGUAGACAAUUUUGAGGAGGACUCCCCAACUUCGGAAGACGGGCAAACUUCGGAAGAUGAGCAUUUAAGUGGCUCAAACAAGCCGACCAAAUCUAUCAAGACCCGCGAAACUGCAAACAUGGAAGAUUUGACUGAGGUUCUCCAUGAGUGUACCGAAGAAGUAUCUCCCAAAGAUGGGGAAAUUUACGAGUGGUUGACCGAGGUCUUUUGUUCAUCUCGUGGAUUUGAGAUGGGCACUUUCAACCCUUCACUUCUUGCCACAACAAUGAGAAAGCAAUCUGCAAAGUGGCUCAAUUUCACGCUGGGAUAUAUUAGUGACAUAAUUACCAUUGUCCACCGGUUUAUUCUUGCGGCUCUUGAGGUUGCAUGCGUUGAUCAGCGCGUCUGUCGCAGACUAAAGGCACGACUAAUGGAAGACUUGCUGUCCAAAUAUCAGGAUGCUAUAAAGCAAGCAAAUUUCAUCCUCAACAUUGAGCGAAAUGGCACGCCCUUGACAUUGAAUCAUUACUUCAAUGACUCGUUACAGAAAUGCCGAGCCACUCGGAUCCAAACUCAGCUCGCGCCUAAAGUUCUCGGUGACUGCAAGCAUGGAGACGUAAUUCGCCUCUGCGAUGUAUCUGCAGUUCAUCACAAGAACAACACCAGACAAACUGUAGAGGACAUUCAUGAUAUAUUGCAAUCAUACUACAAAGCAGCACUCAAGCGCUUUGUGGACAAUGUCUGCAUGCAAGCCGCUGACUAUUAUCUCGUCAACGGACCAGAGACGCCAACAAAGCUUCUCUGUUCUCUUUAUGUCAACAAACUCUCUGCGGCGGACUUAGAGGACAUCGCAGGUGAAGAAAGUCAUGUUCAACGUUUGCGGGUGCAGUUGACCAAGGAGAUCACGGAUCUGGAGGCCGGAAAGAAGAUACUUCUUUAG